AUGCAGCCUUACCUGUACUCUCUGCCAAAGACAAUGAGAAAGUUUCACAAACUUUUCAAGUUUUGUGGUUCAGUUGAAGAAGUUGUCCCGAGCCACGUGUUGGAUGUCAUCACCACCAUCCAACAACGAUGUGAAGGAGAAAUAACUAAAGAGGAAAGCAAACAUGACAUUCUGCUAUUAAUUAACAUCCUCAGAUGGCUGUACAACAAUCAGAUACCUGUGGACACUAAAAUGCACGUGCCCAUUCUUUGUUACAAAGACCCCAGCAAACUAUGUAUGAAACCCAUUCAUGAAUGCACCUACUGUGACAUCAAGGUUGAUGAUUUGAAUGACUUACUUGAAGAUGCCUCCGAGCCAAUCAUAUUGGUUCAUGAUGACAUACCGAUGAAAACAGCAGAGUGGCUAAAAGUGCCAUGUUUGAGUACGAGGUUGAUAAACCCAGAGAAUCUUGGCUUUGAACAAUCAGGCCAACAAGAGCCACUAACUGUGAGAAUAAAGAAUAUCUUGGAGGAAUAUCCAUCAGUGGCAGACAUUUUCAAAGAGCUCCUCCAGAAUGCUGAUGACGCAAAUGCAACAGAGUGCAGCUUCCUCAUUGAUAUGAGAAAGAACACUGACAUUCGAGAAAAUCUCCUGGACCCCGGCAUGAUAGUUUGCCAUGGACCCUCUUUGUGGUCUUUCAACAAUGCUGUAUUUUCAGACACAGACUUUCUGAACAUCACACGGUUAGGUGGGUCAGUAAAAAGAUGUGAAGCAGACAAAGUUGGAAAGUUUGGUCUGGGUUUCAACUCUGUCUAUCAUAUUACUGAUAUCCCCAUAAUAAUGAGCAGGGAGUUCAUGAUCAUGUUUGAUCCAAACAUCAAUCACAUCAGUAAGCAUAUCAGAGACAGGUCAAACCCGGGCAUCAAAAUCAACUGGAGCAAACAACAGAGGCGGCUGAGAAAAUUCCCCAAUCAGUUCAAACCAUUCAUUAAUGUGUUCAACUGCCAACUGCCUUUAGCUCAGGACUCCCCAUACAAAUACAAUGGUACACUAUUCAGACUCCCAUUCAGAACAGAGCAGGAAGCAUCGGUGAGCGAAAUCAGUACUUUGUACUACAAUACCACAGACAUCUAUUCUCUGGUUGACGAGUUCAGCAUAUGUGGCCAUCGGUUCAUUUUGUUCACUCAGCAUGUUGGAAGUAUGGUUUUGAAAUACCUGAAAUAUGAGGAGCCAAACCCAGCAGGAGCGCAAGAUGUUGUCAUGAUCAACAAAAGUGUUUGGUCAUCCAAAGCCUCCUAUGGGCCUCUGAGCAUCCUCAAAUCUGCAGCAAAGGUUAUGAAGAAAGUGGGAAGCACCAAUAGGAUACCCGCGGACGUCCCCAAGUCUGGGUGCAUCAUACGUGUUAUAGUGGAAGAGUUUCACAAUGUGUUCAAACGCAUUGUCGAUCUUCACUCACCCCUCUUCAGAGGUUCAGAGGAAGACCCUAAUCAGUACUUUGAAAUGGCAGCUAAAGGUGUUCAGACACGAAGACUUACAGAUGAAAUGCAGCAGAAGGCUGUUGACAUCACAAACUGGCUCAUUUGCUCAUGCAUGGACGCAAGCGAAGCUCUUAAGUUCUCCCUCAGUGAUAGUGGAAAACGACUCGGUCUUGUGCCUUGUGGAGGUGUGGGUGUUCUACUGAUGGAGGAAGAGAAUCGCAAAUGGACUGUGAAGACAAAUGCGACACCAAUUGGAGAGGUGUUUUGUUACUUACCUCUCAGAAUUAAAACAGGGCUACCAGUCCAUAUCAAUGGCUGCUUUGCUGUCACCUCUAACCGCAAAGAAAUCUGGAAGACGGACACAAAAGGACAGUGGAAUGCUGUGUUCAUGAGACAUGUAAUUGUGCAGGCAUAUUUAGCUGCCCUCACAAUGCUGCGUUCACUGGCCGAAAGUGGAGAACUGCUUGACUACAGCUACUAUGCAGCAUGGCCAGACCCCAGUCAAGUACAUGAUGACUUUACACUGAUCAGCCAGGGUCUCUACCAAGAGAUUGCCAAAGGCGGUGACAGUGAGCAGGCAAGGGUUUUUUCUGAUGGCUCAACCUGGGUGUCAAUCAAAUAUGUCAGGUUCCUUGAUGAUGCCUUGCUCUGCAGGCCCGACAUUGGUCCUGCUGCAUUCAAGAUAUUCUUGAAAUAUCUCAAGAAGAGUGGCUCACAAAACCUCUGUGCUGUUGAGCUGCCUGAAUGGGUGAAAGAAGGAUUCGAUGAUGCUGGGUGUAAAGGAAAGUUAAUGGAAAACACUCUGACAGAGAGGCAGUUUUUUUCAGAAGUCUUUUUCCCUCACAUCCAGGAAAUUGACAAAGAGCUUCGAGAUCCCCUGAUGUAUUAUGUCCUGAAUGAGAAGCUGGAAGAUUUUGCAUCAAUCCUCAAGAUAACUCCUUGUAUCCCAUGCUCUGGUCCCAACAAGGAGCUGGUUUUACCCUCCAAGCUCAUUCACCCAGAGGGAAGAGUUGCUAAACUCUACAACAAUGACGAUGGAAGAUUUCCUGAAGGAACUACCAAAGACUACAUAAAUCCCGUGUGCUUAGUGAAGCUCUUGCAGCUGGGCAUGGUGAAGGAUGACCUGUCCUGGGAGGACCUGAUUGAACGCGCUAAUUCUGUCAUUGAUCUAAAUGAAAAUGAUCAUGCAGCUGCAUGCUUUCGUACUAGUAUACUACUGAGUUUGAUUGAUGAGAAACUGAAGUUGAGGCAUACAGGAGCAUCUGAACACUUGGAUUCGCUACAGGACAUCAAGUUCUUACCAUUUCUGACAAGGCCUGCAGGCUUCUCUUUACCAUGGCAUGGAAACAGCUUUUCCCCGACAACUAUGUUCUCACCUAAAGAGCUCUUCACAACCGAACACCAGGACACAGUGUGUUUGAUGAAGCCAAUCUUGAAUGAAAACUCUCCAUCAUUCAAAGGUUGCGGUGCGAUGUCAUUGGCUGUGAAAGAUGGACUUGGACUAAUAAGGAAGCCGUCAGUUGUACUGGUAAUCAGUCAACUGAAAAAACUGUCCCAAUCAUUUGAUGGUGUCACUCUGUAUCAGGAGAACAUAACAAAUGCAUGUUACAAGUACCUUCAUGAGGAAAUGCUACAAGAUGAAAAUGUUAAAGAUCAAAUAACACAGGAACUGAAAGCCUUCAACUCCAUUUUGGUGGAGAACACAUAUGUCAGUCCAUGCAAAGUUGCAUUCCACCUGAAUUUUGAUGCAGCACCACAUCUUUAUCAGCUCCCUAACAAAUACAGAAACAGCUGCCGCGAGCUCUUUGAAAAUGUUGGUGUUCAACCCAGUUUCAAAGUUGAAGAUUUCUCUGCAGUCCUUGAAUCUGUGAAGCAGAACUGUGGGCGAAGAACACUCACAGAAGAAGAUUUCCAGUUGUGUCGCAGAAUCAUCAGUGAGGGAAUAUGGAGCUUAAUGCGAGAUAAGAACCAAGAGUACUGCCAAGCACAUUACGGUGGGAUUCUUUUACCAGACUCCUAUCUAACACUGCAGCCAUCAAAAUCGCUAUGCUACAAUGACUGCCCCUGGAUCAAAGUUAGGGACUCCUCUGUGAAAUACUGUCAUGGGGACAUCCCAAGAGAGGUUGCUGUGAAACUGGGAGCUGUCCCAAAACGUCACAAAGCCUUGGAGAGAUAUGCUUCCAAUGUAUGUUUCACUACGCUUGGCAGUGAGUUUGGUCAGAAAGAAAAACUCACAAGUAGGAUAAAAAGCAUUCUCAAUGCCUAUCCUUCAGAAAAAGAAAUGCUGAAAGAGCUGCUUCAAAAUGCCGAUGAUGCCAAGGCCACAGAAAUCUACUUUGUAUUUGAUCCAAGGACACAUCCUACAGACAGAAUAUUUGAUGAUAAAUGGAUUCCAAUGCAAGGACCUGCCCUCUGUGUAUAUAACAACCAACCAUUCACAGAGGAUGAUGUCCGAGGCAUUCAGAACCUCGGAAGAGGAACAAAAGAAGCCAAUCCUGGCAAGACUGGCCAAUAUGGCAUAGGAUUCAACUCUGUUUACCACAUUACUGACUGCCCAUCCUUCAUCUCAAACAAUGACAUUUUGUGCAUCUUUGAUCCACAUGCACAAUAUGCGCCCGGAGCUACGUCUAUGAGCCCUGGAAGAAUGUUCAGAGACUUGGACUCUGACUUUCGCUCCCAGUUUUCAGAUGUUUUAAAUCUCUACAUGGGAGCUCAUUUCAAGUUGGAGCGGAGCACGAUGUUCAGAUUCCCUAUCCGCUCUACCGAGAUGGCAAAGACAUCAGAGAUCAGUUCUGUCCCUGCAUCUGAUAGAAUGGUCCAAAACCUCCUGGACAAGCUAAAAACAGAUGGGGCAGAACUUCUCAUGUUUCUCAACCACAUGGAGAAAAUAUCAAUAUGUGAAAUCGAUAAUGCAUCAGGUGAACUCAAAGUACUUUAUUCUGUAAAAGCCAAAAUAUCAGACGGAGACAGGCUAAAGCGCAAACAGUUUCAUGCCUCUGUCAUCGAUAGUGUGACCAAAAAGAAGCAGCUCACUGCUAUCCCGGUCCAACAGAUAACUUACACAAUGGACAUAGAGGACACUGAUGGAAAUUUGACCUCAUGGAUGAUCUGCAAUAGAUCAGGAUUUGCAAACAUGGAUACAGUCUCAAAAAGUGUCAUCUCAGCUCACAAAAAUGAAGACAUAACACUGUUUCCACGUGGAGGUGUUGCUGCAUGUGUAAGCCACAACUAUAGAAAACCCCACAGAGCGUUUUGCUUCCUGCCAUUGUCACUGGAGACUGGCUUGCCUUUUCAUGUCAAUGGUCAUUUUGCCUUGGACUCGGCUAGAAGGAACUUAUGGAGAGAUGACAAUGGAGUGGGGGUAAGAAGUGACUGGAAUAACAAUUUGAUGACUUCACUGAUAGCACCUGCUUGUGUGGAGCUGCUGAUUCAGCUGAAACGCCGAUACUUCCCAGGUCCUGAUCCCACAAUGACUGUGCUGCAAGGGUCACCGCUUCAUUUUGUUAAGGAUACGUUGCGAAAAUAUCUUUUCUUUUUUCCAGCUAACAGACUUGACAUACAGCCAGAUUGGUACUGCCUGGUUAAAGCAGUAUACAACUGUAUCCAUGUUGACCUAAAGCGUCUGCUCCCUGUUGUCAGAGCAGCACAAACUGACAACUCUGACAUGCAUUCUGUCAUUUACAUUUCAUGGGUGAAUACAUCCAGCACAAUCAAAGGCAGAGCCUACUUUGAUAAUCUGCUACAAGAUGAACUUCAACACUUGAAAAACACAGACUAUAACAUCACAUCAAGAAAGUCUGUGGCCGAAAAUGUCUACAGACUGAAAGCCUUGCUGCUUGAUAUUGGCUUCAACCUGGUUCACAGCUGUGAUGAGACAUCAAACAUUUACCUCUGUUUGGAGGAUGCAGGAAUCCCAGUCGAUUAUGUUGCACCGAAUGAUGUCCGCAACUUUCUUCACACCUUCUCAUCUCCAGACACUUUGUGCCAUGUUGGCAAACUCCCCUGCCGUCUCCAACAGUCCAACUACAAGCUAGUCCACAACCUGAAGGUUUUAGCUGACUACUGCUUCAAAGACAUAGAGGAAGAUGAGGUCAAAAUCGAGGGCUUGCCUCUGCUGAUAACAAUGGACAAUAUCCUUCAGGUGUUUGAUUCCAAGAGACCAAAGUUCCUGACAACAUAUCAUGAGCUAAUAUCAUCAAGAAAAGAAAUGUUCAUAAACACAAUGUACUUGAGAUACAGCAACAUUUUGCUCAAGGCAGGGGCUGCAAAGAACUUUGACAUUAGCAGUUUUGGUGACCUGUUAGGGUCUGUCCUUCCAAGGGAAUAUCGGACUAAGAUUCCCGUCAAAUGGAGAGAUACCUUUGCUAGUGAAUCUUGGCUAAAGAAUGUGUGGAAUUUCAUCAGUGAGAAUAUGGCUGUUAAGGAAGAGCAGGCAGAUAUUAAACCAAGCUUCAACACAGUGCUUGAGAUUUUGAAAGACUGGGCUUUGCUACCUGGAAUCAAAUUCAUGGCAAGAGAGAAGCUUGUUGUCCCAGAUCAUGAUGUGCUGCUCCCUCUAAGCUUAAUGAACAUUGCCAUAUUUCCACAUGGCCAAAAUGACAAAGUCUUUCACACCCUAAUGAAAGCAGGGUGCAUCCAACUUGCGGUUAACAAAAUCUGUGUGAAGGAGAAUCAAAUCAUGCCUUUACUAGCACAACACACAGCUAACAUUGAAAAUCCAUCAAGCAUUCUGAAAGCUGUGGAGUACAUGAUUCACACAUCUGCAUUCAAAACCACAAACCUGACUGACAAGGACUUUGAGGCUCUACUGUUGUAUUUCAACUGCAACCUGACUAACCUCUCACAGCAAGAUGCACAGAGCCUUAAACUUCUUCCCUGCUUUAAGUCAUACAGUGGGAGAUACAUCAGCAUUGCUAACUAUGGGGAAAACUACAUCCUUUCAAAAAGUAUUCCAACCACUGACAUUGAAAAAUGGGCCCACACGUCCUCAUUUUCCUUUCUUGCUGACAGUCCACAGCUGAAAGAACUCUACACCUUCCUUGGCUGCGUGCCAAUUGAUGACCUGGAAAUUUAUCUUCAGCACCUCUUGCCAAAGUUUGAAAGUCUGUCCUACGAUGCCAAAGUUGAACAUGUUGUCUAUUUAAAGGAGAGACUUAUGUCAAUGGAGGAAUCAUGCCAGAUGAAGGACCAGCUCUAUGAGAAAUUGGACGGACUUUCAUUCAUCUAUGACUACACAAACAGACUAAGGCCAACCAAGUUUUUCUAUGACGAGACCGUUGAUGUGUUCGAAGUUAUGUUACCUAAAAAGUCUUUCAUACCAAGUGACUUUUUUAAGAAAGUAGAGCAAGUGACAAAACCAAAGAAUGGAACAUUGUUGCUGACCUCAUGGAUAACCUUUCUGAGAAAUAUUGGUCUUAAAUAUGAGAUAUCGGAGCAGCAGGUUUUGCAGUUUGCAAAAGAGGUCAGCAUCAAAGCCCAAACCGAGAGUUGGACCAAAGAAAAAGUGCAAACUAUUGUUGAUGUACUGUUAAACCAUAUUUUCAAAGAGAGAACUGACCUGUUCCAAGGCACUUUUCUAAAGGAGCUGUCGAUGAUACCAUUUCUGUGUCCAGAGAGAGCCCCGAAAGAACUCAUUAAGCUUCAUACUCAGUACCAAGAGAUGACUGGCACCCUUCCUCUAAUUCGUUUCAAUGGAUCUCAAGUAAACCCAAAAUUCAAGCAGACUGACAUUAUUCACCUUCUUUGGACAUCGUGUCCGAUCCUUCCUGAAAAAGCCACACCGUCAAGCAUAAAGGACCAAGAGGACAGCUCUCUCAGCGGACAGGAACAACUCGACCAGGUGUUGAAUAUGUUGGGCGUCAACUUAGACCCACCACUUGAGAAAGUCAUAAGCAACUGUAAGAACAUUUGCAACAUAUCCAACCCGGAUGAUGAAAUGGUAAAAACCAGGAACAAAGUUCUACGGUCCACAUACGAGUUUCUCAAUGCUGACAAGCGAGAUUUCCGUUACCAGCUCCGUGGUGUGGCCUUUGUCAUGGUUGAAGAUGGCUGGAAACUGUUGAAACCUGAAGAGGUGGUCAUCAACUUGGACAAUGAAUCUGACUUCAAGCCCUACUUGUACAAAUUACCUCUAGAACUUGGUACCUUUCAUCAGCUUUUCAAACUUCUUGGCACAGAGGACGUUGUGUCAACCAAGCAAUAUAUUGAAGUGCUGUGGAGAAUUUUUAGGAGUUCAGAGGGAAAACAGCUCGACCCAAAUGAAAUGAGAACAGUGAAGCGGGUGGUGUCCGGUCUGUUCAAGUCUCUUCACAAUGAUCCAGUGGAAAUUCGCAAAGAUCUAGAAAGUCUUAGAGAUUUGACUUUUUAUUUGCCAAGCCACGAUGGUAGACUAGCAAAAUCCAAUAGCUUGGUGUUCGAUGAUGCCCCACACUACAAAAGCAGAAUUCAGGGUAAUGUCGGGGUUCAGAUGCUUGUGGACAUGAGUCAGUGUUAUCUGGGAAAAGAUCAUGCCUUCCACACAAAACUCAUCAUGCUACUCCCUCAGAAGCUAAGGCCUAGGCUGUUGAGUAGCAUUCUCGAGGAGCAGCUGGAUGAGGAUUGUCCAAAAAUGUGUCAGUUUGGAGCUCUUUGUUCACUACAAGGUCGCCUUCAGCUGCUGCUGUCAUCAGAGCAGUUCAUCACCGGCUUGAUCAGAAUAAUGAAGCAUGAGAAUGACAACGCGUAUGUUGUGAAUGAAGAAAAAGCCAUUCGUCUCUGCAAAGCCCUCUGUGAGGGAUUAAAAGUGUCCUGUUUUGAAAAACUUCAGACCACUUUAAGAGUAAAAGGAUGCAGUCCUAUUCCAAACAGCCGCAGUGAAACACUUGCCUUUCUAAAGAGAUAUGGGACUGCUGUGAUUCAUCUGUACAUCCAACAUUCAGACAGUAAAGACAUUAAUUUUCUUCUGGCUCUAGCAAUGACACUGAAAUCUGCCACAGACAAUUUGAUCUCUGACACAUCAUAUCUGAUAGCCAUGUUGGGCUGCAAUGAUAUCUACAGAAUCACAGAGAAGUUGGACAACCUUGGCGUUAAGUAUGACUCAACAGAGCCUUCAAAACUGGAGCUGCCCCUCCCUGGCACCCCGAUACCAGCUGAGAUACACCACACUCUGCUCAUGGAUCCAAUGAAUGUAUUCUAUCCAGGGGAAUAUGUGGGCUACCUUGUAGACUCUGAAGGUGGAGACAUAUAUGGCUCCUAUCAACCAACCUAUACAUACGCCAUCAUUGUACAAGAAGUACAAAGAGAGGAGGAGGACAACACAAGUUUCCUUGGAAAAUGCUUUCAGAUUGACAUUGGUUACAGUGAGUACAAAAUAGUCAGUUCCCUUGACUUGUACAAGUUUUCAAGACAGGAUGAAAGCAGCCACGUUCGAGACACUAGUGCCCCCUCAACCCCUACAGGCCCAGAGAUUCGUUCCUCUGGCCUACGAAUGGUCCCACCUCUCUUUUCUGGUAAGGAAAACCUGAGACCUCCCACUCAAAAACAAUCACCCAAAAAGAUUAAGCUUCACGCUUUGCCUGAGAUUUUGAAAGAAGUGACCUUAGUAGUCGAACAAGCGUGGAAGCUGCCUGAGACAGAGAGGAAAAAGAUAAUCCGUCGAUUGUAUUUGAAGUGGCAUCCAGACAAAAAUGCAGAGAAUCUGGAUAUUGCCACAGAGGUGUUCAAGCACUUGCAAAAUGAGAUCAACAGGAUGGAGAAACAGUCUUUGGCUGAUCAGCAGAAUACAGACAGGACUUCCAGGAGAUCCUACCCUACAUCAUCAGCCCGCUUCCAGUCAGACAAGUUCUCAUUUCAAAGAUUUUACUCGUCCUGGAACCAAGAGGCAACUAGUCACAAGUCAGAAAGGCAACAGUUCAGGGAACAUUACACAAGCUAUGCAGGGUCAUCCCACUCUCACCGUUUCUUUGUACCGCCGACCUUCAAGACAGUUGGGAACCCCGUGGAGGCACGCAGGUGGCUGAGGCAAGCCAGAGCAAACUACUCCGCCGCACGCAAUGAUCUUCACAAAAACGCUAAUGAGUGGGUUUGCUUCAAAUGCUACUUGGCCACAAAGCUUGCUCUGAUCGCUGCUGACUACGCUGUCAGAGGAAAAUCUGACAAAGAUGUAAAGCCGACAGCUUUGGCUCAAAAAGUGGAGGAGUACAACUCCCAGCUAACAGGCCUCGCCAGUGAUGUUCAGAUCCUGGAGGGGUAUGGCGUGGACAGCCUAAGAACUCGCUACCCCGAUCUCCUGCCGUUUCCACAGAUUCCCAAUGACAGGUACACUUCUGAGGUGGCAAUGAGGGUGAUGGAGUGUACAGCACGGAUUAUCAUAAAGCUUGAAACAUUUGUGCAGCAAAAGAUCUGA